AAUAAACGGUCAAACACAUGACAUUAACAAUUAUGAUUUAAAUCAUCAAACGAUGCGUAAUCCAAAGACUGGGACCUGAAAAUAAUUACUCCCAUCCGCCUUGAACACAGCAUCCCGUACCCGCCAUUCUGUUGUCACGUGACGAUCUAACGCAAUAUGGCGGCGCACUGUAUUAGCUAUUUAGCAUCACUGAUGGAAUAAGAGUCCCACGGCGUGUUCAUUUUAGGAUUUUAAAGGGAGUGUUCUCUGAAAUUCAGUGUAACGUUUGUAUGGGCUAAAGCCAGGCUGUUGACGUUCUGAACCUGACAUCAGCCAUGGCCGGAGGAGCAUCGACCAGAUACAAACUGGGAGACCUUGUCUUCGCCAAGAUGAGGGGCUUCCCCCAUUGGCCUGCUCGGGUCUGCAGUAACGAUGUAACCAAGAAAAUGAUUGGUGUGUUCUUCUUCGGGACCCACCAAAUUGGUCUGGUUCUGCGGGACAAAGUGGUACCUUAUGCGGGAAAUCAAGCCAAGUAUGGCAAAGGGGUGCGGAUCAGAGGAUUCACAGAAGGCAUGUGGGAGAUCCAGAACACACCAGGUGUUGAAAGUAAACAAAAGUCGCCAACUAAGACAAGUUCUCCUAAAGCUCCAACGGGGAAGGAUCCUGCUCCCCAGAAAAGCCCUAAUCGGGGGGGCAGGCGUCCAAAACAAAGCCCAGCUGAACCUGCUAGUGGGUCUGCUUCUGUUGACACUACUGCUGAAACUACGAAACCCAUGUCAGCUGAACCUGCUAGCAGCUCCAUACCUGGUGCUGGUAAAAAAGUUGUUGCAACACCAAAAUCGAAAACCACGAAAGCCCCCGCACCAAGAGAGACAACCUCCCCGACCGCUACAUCUGUCACUGAAGACGUUAUUCAACCUAAAGUCAGACGCACGCGCAGUUUGAAAAACGCUAGUAGCCCUCAAACAGAGCAUAAGGCCAUUAAAGUCUUGCCAGCCAAACCUUCUGGCAUUUCUGUGGCCCUAACUGAAGCUACCACUGCUGAAACUAGCAUUCCAAGCCCAGCUAAAUUCCCUCUAAACUCUCCUCCUUUAACAAAUGCUACCACAGCUGAAACUAGCCAAUUAAGCUCAGCUAAAGCUACAAGGAGCACUACUCCUGUAACCAAGGCUACCACAGCCAGUAUUAGCAAUCCAAGCCAAGCUAAGGCUACAAGGAGCUCUGCCCCCUUAACUGAUGCUACCACGGCUAACAUCAGUCAACCAAGCCUAGCAAAAAAUACAAGGAGCUCGACUCCGUUAACUGAAGCUAUCUCUAGUAAAUCAAGUCCAUCUAAAGUCACUAGGAGCUCUGCUCAAUUAACUAAUGCUUCUGUUGAUGAUAACACCACCAAAGCAACGCCAGCGAAACCUGCUACCAUCUCUAUUCUUUUAUCUAAUGUCAGCAAUGCUAAAUGCCAAUCAAGCCCAGCUAAAGUAACAAGGAGCUCAGCUCCAUUGAUCGAUGCUUCCACAACUAAUGCUGGCCAACCAAGCCUAGCUAAAGCUACAAGAAGCUCUACUCCGUCAACUGAUGCUACCACAGCCAAUGCUAUCCAACCAAGCCUAGCUAAAGCUACAAGAAGCUCUACUCCUUCAACUGAUGCUACCACAGCCAAUGCUAUCCAACCAAGCCUAGCUAAAGCUACAAGAAGCUCUACUCCUUCAACUGAUGCUACCACAGCCAAUGCUAUCCAACCAAGCCUAGCUAAAGCUACAAGAAGCUCUACUCCUUCAACUGAUGCUGCUACCACAGCCAAUGCUAUCCAACCAAGCCUAGCUAAAGCUACAAGAAGCUCUACUCCUUCAACUGAUGUUACCACAGCCAAUGCUAUCCAACCAAGCCUAGCUAAAGCUACAAGAAGCUCUACUCCUUCAACUGAUGCUGCUACCACAGCCAAUGCUAUCCAACCAAGCCUAGCUAAAGCUACAAGAAGCUCUACUCCUUCAACUGAUGCUACUUCCACAGCCAAUGCGAUCCAACCAAGCCUAGCUAAAUCUUCAAGAAGCACUUCUCCUUUAACCAUUGUUAACAAAUCGAAUGCUAGCCAACCAAGCCUAUCUAAAGCUACAAGGAGCUCUGCUCUAUUAACUGAUAGUACCAUUGCGAUCGCUAGCCAGCCAAGCAUAGCUAAAGUGAAAAUGAGCUCUACUCUUUUAACUGAUGCUAUCCCAGCUAAUGAUAGCCAACCAAGCCGAGCUAAAGCUACAAGGAGCUCUACUCCUCUACCUGAUGCUAUCACAGCUAAUGCUAGCCAACCAAGCCGAGCUAAAGCUACAAGAAGCUCUAGUCCGUUAACUGAAGAUAUCACUGGCAAACCAAGCCCAUCUAAAGUCACUAGAAGCUCUACUCCUUUAACUGAUUCUAUCACAGCCAAUGCUAGCCAACCAAGCCAAGCUAAAGCUACAAUAAGCACUGCUCUUUUGACCGAUGCUACCACGGCUAACACUAGCCAACCAUGCCCAGCUGAAGCUACAAUAAGCUCUGCUCUGUUAACCGAUGCGACCCCAGCUAGUGCAAGCCAACCAAGCCUAGCUAAAGCUACAAGGAGCUCUGCUCCAUUAACCGAUAGCACCACAGCUAACGCUAGCCAACCAACCACAGCUAAAGCCACAAGGAGCUCUAGUUUGUUGACCGGUGCCCCAAUAGCUAACGCUAACAAAUCAAGCCUAGCUAAAGCUACAAGGAGCUCUACUUCAUUAACCGAUAGAACAACAGCUAGCGCUAACCUUCGAACCACAGCUAAAGCUACAAGAAGCUCGACUCCUUUAACCGAUAAUACUACAAGUAAUUCCAGCCAAUCAACCCAAGCGAAAGCUACAAGGAGCUCUACUCCAUUAACUGAUGCCAUCACAGCUACCAAAGUCACCCCAGCUGAACUGGCAAGCAGUUCCAUACCUGGUGCUGGUCCACCCGCUGAUCAGACUGCAGACCAAACGCCUCCACCUCAAACCAUGACACCCCCCACACCUAGAGAGACCACCACGCCGUCAGCUCCAUCUGUCACUGAAGACGCUACUCAUCCUCAAACCAUGACAGCCCCCACACCUAGAGAGACGACCACGCCGUCAGCCUCAUCUGUCACUGAAGACGCAACUCAACCUCAAACCACGACAGCCCCCACACCUAGAGAGACGACCACGCCGUCUGCUCCAUCUGAAGGCGCUGCUGAACCCCAAGUCCGACGCACACGCAGUUCCACUACUUCAGCUCCCCAGUCCGAUGGACCUAGUGGUUCUAGUAGUCACGGUACUACUCACAUGAGGAAGAGGCGGGGAGAGGUGGAACAGGAGGAAGGAGAGAACACGGAAGGAAAGAAGGAGGAUGGGAGCGUUGAGCCGACCGAGGCAAAGGAGAAGUCCACCGUUGAAGAGGACCAGCAGCGGCAGCAGCGUCUGGCUGUCAGGAGAGAGAAUGUGCUGCGUUCUCUGCGGGGUCUGAUCACCACCAGGAGAGGAAGAGGAGGCAGGAGGAAGGAAACCACGUGGAGCCGUCUGGGUCAGCGGGUGAGAAAGGUGGAGAAACUCCGCAGCAGGACGGCCACCGCGGCACCGAGCCAAUCAGCACGCGGCAGAGGACGGAGGCGCUCCACGACCGGCGGAGACCGGACACUCACUCAUGAGGAGCUGAGGAAGCAGGAGGCGGGGAGGAAGGAGACGAGGGAGGAGGAGGAAGAGGGGAGGAAAGAGGAGAAGGACGAGAGCCAGGGCACCAGAGGGAGUAGAGGAGGGAGAAGAGGAGGAAGGAGAGGAAGAGGACGAGGACGAGGGAGAGGAGGAGGCGGGAGAGGGAGGAGCCCAGCGGCGAAGCAGGAGUCUGAACCACAGGAAGACCGGAGGAGGAGCAAGAGAGGCGCAGGGGUGGAGGAGGAGGAGGAGGAGAGGAUGGAGGAGGUGAAGCCACCACAGAGGAAGAGGAGAACUACCCGCCCAGAGGAGAAGGAGGAGGAGGAGAGGGAGGAGGUGAAGCCACCACAGAGGAAGAGGAGAACUACCCGCCCAGAGGAGAAGGAGGAGGAGAAGAGGAUGGAGGAGGUGAAGCCACCACAGAGGAAGAGGAGAACUACCCGCCCAGAGGAGAAGGAGGAGGAGGAGGAGAGGGAGGAGGAGGUGAAGCCACCACAGAGAAAGAGGAGAACUACCCUCCCAGAGGAGAAGGCAGAGGAGAAGGAGGUGGAGGAGAGGAUGGAGGAGGGCGGUGCGGAGCUGCAAGGCAUGCUGGGUGAUGGAGUUGAGCAGCAGAGUGUCGGGGAGACCAGAGGAACGCUGCUGGACUCCACGCUGCACCGUAUCCAUGGCGACCUGCGCAUCGCCCUCAAGUCAGACAGCCCUGAUGUGUCCAGGUGUGUGUCUGCGUUGGACCAGCUCAGCAUGCUCUAUGUGACGUCUCGUCACGUUCAGAAGCACAGUGAGCUUGUGUCUACACUGCGGAAGAUGCGCUAUUACAGAGCGUGCCAGGCUGUGAUGGACAAGGCGUCCAUGUUGUACUGUCGCUUUAAGAACUCCUUCCUGCUGGGGGAGGGAGAGGAGGUGCUGAGCCAGGCCUACCUCCACUCACUCCUCCAGGAGAGGGAGAGGGAGGAGCAGCAGAGGUGGAAGCUGGAGGAGGAGAGGAGGAAGAGAGGGGCGGAUGGAGAGAGCAGAGGAGAAGAGGAGGUGCAGAGCAUUCAAACCCAAGGUCCAAUGGAUGCUUCCUGACCAUAUGGAAUGUACAAACUCUGAUUAAAUGUUCUUGCAGUUGGAGAUUUCCUGAAUGAACAUGUUUUUUGCUUUCAUGUAUAGUUUGAGUGUGUGUCAGUUUAUACUUUAUACUUUUAGUUUAUUUUUAAAAAGGUUGGUACCGUUCUGUAUCAUAGCAUCUUGCUUUCAAAAUUAAAACAGUUUUGAUAAACUG